AUGCGUUGGGUAUUCCAAAUCCUCUUUCUUCUUCUCCUUCCCCUUUUUUACUUCAUCCUCCAUUUCCAGUCUCAGCAGACUUUGGUUAAGGAUAAGAUCAGACGGAACAGAAGGAUAGCUAACUUUGACAUUUUCCACCCGAACUCACUUCGCAACCGCCUACAACUCCGCGCAGGCCCCAACGCCCGCCUUGUCACGACUUUCGGCAUCCAAAACUCCUUUACAACUACGGAUGUGGCCCAACAUAUGAAGUUCCUUCGACGCGCCAUACAAGCCAUUAACAGCGCUGAUAAAGCCACAUGGUACAGAGUCUGGACACUAGCCAACGAGACGACAAGUGUGUUGCUACGUAUCAGCGAGAACACAGUCAGUGUUGAACGCAUCGCCCGCAUCUUAUGUUUUGAUGUCGUGCUAGAGCUCCUUUUUAAGCAUACGCGUCUCAAGCCAUACGACAUUGACCACGCGGACCGCGCUACAGAACUCAUCAACAUUCUUUGGCAACAGUCUAAGAAGGGGUUGAGUGAGCAGACGCCGAUCACACAGGAGCACACACUGGAUGCUUUGCACGCAGCGCUACGUAAACUGGUGUCUGGCAGAGAAGAUUCAAAUCUGGCACUCAUUAUGCCGGCUUAUGAGACGCUGUGGCGGGUCGUCCUAUUAACAUACAUUCAUGUCGCCUUCCGCUACAUGGAUACCGCCUCAACGAAUCUGGUUGAAGAAGUUGUAGAGAUUGUGUCUUUCAAUCGCGGGGCAAGCGAGAAACUGCAUCCGACUGUUGAGCAUUUUGCUGAGGAAGCUCUUCGAUUGUAUCCGCCUACAAAGCGCAUUUACCGGGCGUCUGACGUUGGUGCAGUAGCAGCUGAUGUUGAGUCUAUGCAUCAUGACUUUCGAAUCUGGGGUCAUGAUGCUCUCCAUUUCUGUCCUAGCCGCUUCAGUAAAUUGACACAGGACCAGAAGGACGCGUACAUGCCCUUCGGCGUAGGUAGGAACGUGUGUCCCGCUAUCAACGGUUUCGGCAGGAAGAUGAUUUCGUCCUUGGUGGUUGUACUUCUUACACGGCUCGGUACAAGAGCUUCGGGGGCGCGAGUCUGGUUUAGCGACGACAAGUUGGAUCAAGACAGUACGGCCCCAUUGCCAACUGGGCGAAAUGACGCCGUGAAGUGGAUCGUAAGUCCGGGUGGUACCAGCCAAGGACUUUUGCAGAAGGCUGCCGUAGCCCACUGA